UUGAUGAUUAUUUAUCGAUCAUGAUUUUGGCCAGCUAAAACGUAGCUCAUGCCACUGUGAGCUCACACUGCCUUAUUGGCUGGUUCACUUCAAUUGGAUGCAGGCCAAUACUACUGACCUACAAAGAGUCUUCGCACACACUUUUUCUUCAACAGUUAAGCAGUCGAGCAGUGAAGACGUUCGCGCGACGAUCACAUCUUCAGUUCGCUCCCUCGUGUGUCCAUCGACUGAUCAUUCGCCAAGAUAUUGAUCGAUCUGGCAAAAGAAGUUGGUGGCCGCAUUUAAUGCGUGGUGAAGAAUUGUCUUCUCUUCUUGGCCUCUAUAAUUAACUGAUCACUGAGUCAAUGUCUAGUAUCUCUUCUAACAGUGACGAAAGAUGAGGUGUCUCCGUGAGCGAUUGAACAUUGGAUAAGAAAACUCCUUUGGAGGAAGGUAAAACGUGAUUAAAAGUGACAAUUCUCCAAAAUAAAUAAAAAGUGCUGCAACAUUUUGGUGAAAGAGUGAAUAUUUCGAGUGAGUGGAUAAUAAUUUGUGGUGCUCCGGAAAGAAUAACUUUAAGUAAAAAAAUAUAUAUAUUUCUUCAACACUUGAAGAACGAUCGUGACGAUCGUCUUGCAUCUCUUGUUGAUCGAGCGAGAGAAAGAGGAUAAAUGGAUUUCGGAAGAAGUGGCACAAAUAUCUUCCUGAUAUUUGUAACAGUGGCCCCAUUGACCAUCCUGGGAUAUGGCUUUGAUUCUGCCUCUUCGUGCGGACCCAAAGCCUCCCGAAGAGGACGAGCUCAACUCCUCACAGCAAUUCCCUGUGAUCUCAGCAGUCAGUCCUAUUGCAACUUGCCCGGAACAGCCUAUCCCUGGCACGCAGUUCGUCGUUUCGUCCAUGAGAAUCAAGGCCUAAUGCGUAGGAUGUACGGAGAUAUCCGGCACAUUUCUGUCUUGAGAACAGAAAUCGAGAACAACGACAUCGAAAUCUCCGACAUUGAAGUUGCUGCAGCCAGAUACUCUCGACAUGGAGAGAGGAAGUCAAAGUAUCUCUACAGCGACUACCAGAGUUCGUUGAGUGGCAAAGGAAAUGACGUUGUAUUCACAGAGCCUCACUUCAGACCUACAUCAACAACAGCAUCAACAUCAACAUCAACCACAGAGACUCCCACAAAUCAUCACUACACCGUCGAUCGGUACAGGGACAAGUACGACGUUAUUGAUGUUGAUGACGAAGCUGACAUCAACAGUGUCUACGAGAAUGCAACAGAAGAAGAUCAACUGGACUCCAUCAAGAUUGUUCAAGCACCAAAUCUCACCAACACAACCCUAGAGUCAUCAACAAUCUCCAGUACUCUAAGAAUCACGAAAACCGAUACAGAUUAUCCAACAACAAGCACAUCCACGUAUCCUGACAAUGAAAACUUUGGAACAGAUCCUCCGGUCAAGAUCAACGAUCGCAUUGAUGACGACGUCCAGAUUGAGGAAGAUACUGCUGGAGUUGUGGAUAUAAAAUCAACCAUCAAACAAAACGAUGCAACAGCGAAUUAUUUCGGGACCACAAAGCCUGAUGUUAACAAGAAAUCUACUUCACGGCCAAUGGAGAGUCAACUUUUCCAGGAUGCCGUGCAAAAGGAGCAACCGACAAUGAACGCAAGAGGAGUAAAUGCCUGCCCGGUGAAAGAGGAAGUCGUGGCUCCUUUCUGGGCCAACAAUACGCGUGGUGAGGUGCUGGCCCUGCUCAAUCUCUACCCUUUUGAGCAGUACGUCCACUGGGAAAAGUGCACGCACGAGCACAAGCAGAUGUACUGCCGCGAAGGCUGCCGAUGCGAACAGCAGUAUCGCCUGCAUCGACUCCUGGCCUAUGAUCCUCACAACGAAUGCCGUGGCAUCUUUUCCGACUGGUUCCGCUUCCCUUCCUGCUGCAUCUGCAAAUGCUAUGACAUUCCCGGCGAGUACCGCGUGACAUCACGAAGUCCCCGAUCGCCCAUUCUCAAGUCCAUUGAACGGGCCGAGAAUGAGCUGCAACGGGCAAUUUAUGGGCACGCAACGGAGGAUUGGUAUCAUCGUCGGAUGAAUGAUGGGCUUCCGGAGGAAUUUGACUAGCAAUCGAAGCACGAAAAAAAAUGGGAAAUUGAUCCCUGGAGAGCAAAGCUAGUCGAUUGUCGAGAACAACUGAGAGCCCACCCAUCAUCAAAUUAAAAAAUGUUCUACAGAAAAUUUCCUGCUGAAUCAUUUGCAUUUAAUCUGCUUCUUAUCAUCCUCUACGCAUUUUAUUCUGACACCAACUAAGGCUAGUGAUUUGUAGAAUUUAGUGAGCGAUAGAAAAAGACAAAAUAUCAAUAAAAAAAGAGUGUAUUCAUAAUAUACGAAAAAAAACAUAAAAUAUGUAUUAUCAAAAAGUUUAAAAUCUUUCUUUUUUUUUUAGCUUAAAAAACUAGCAGUAAUUUUAAGCUAAUGUCUCUGUAUUACACUUUGUUUUUUUCUUAAUUCUUUUUUUUUUACUUUUGUAAAUAUAUAGACAAACAAUAUAGAGAUAAGACAAUAAAAAUUCCUUCUACAAUUUUUCA